AUGUCAGCUUCAUUGGUUAAGAAGGAAGAACAGCUGGUGGAAGAGCACCGAGAAAUUGAUGAACAACCUGCUGCUGCUGCUGCUGUCUCCUUGAAUCUUGAACCAAACCAAAAUGGUCGGGGCCUACAGUUGGAAUGUGCCAUCUCCGAAUCUAAAAGCCAGUCACCACAGCAAAACUCAGUUGAGGAGCAGCAGCAGCAGUUUGAUGUACAGUCAGUUGAGGGCGGAAGUGAAAAGUUCCCAAAUUCAGAAGCAUCACAAGAACACCCACCACCUCUUCCUCCACAACAACCUCCACCUCCACCCCCAACACCACCACCACGACAACCUCCACCUCCUCCUCCACAGCAGCCACUGUCACCUCAAGGGCAGUCAAAGCAACAUCCCCAACAACCAACAGCAUCACCAACACUCCCAUCACCUUCCCAACAAGGUCCACCACAGUCACCUUUACAACACCAAGAACAGUCCCAUUCAUCAUCCCAAUCAGAACAACCUUCACAAACACUGUCACGAUCAACACCACCACUACCACCACCACCACAUUCUCAACAACAGUCACCAGCACAAGAACCUCAAUCAGAACAACAACAACAAGGAGUGGCACUGGCUGAACAGUCAUUGUCCCAACUUGAACAGCCACAAAAUCAACUGUUGGCACAAUCAGCACAGCAAUUUCAGUCAAAACAGUCAUUGCAGCAACAGCAGCAUACAGGUGAUGAAGAGCUGCCAAAACCUUCCUUACAACAAGAUCUCUUGCACUCAGAGCCUGAGAUGCAACAGCCAGCACCCAGGAUGCAAUUAUUGCAAGCAAAGUUGUCAGGGUCACUGCCAGAAUCAGAGAAACAGUUGCAGUCAUUUUCUCAGCUGCAGCAAUUGUCCCAAGCCAAUAAAGGGCAUGAGACCAAGCAGAAGCUUGAAUUGCAGCUCUCAUCAUCUGAGUUGGAACAACUCUCGAAGCAGGAGUUUCAGCAGAAGCAGGAUGUUGACCAACAAGUGUCGUUGCAGCAAUCACAAGUGCCGCAGCUUCUCUCUCAGCAGAAAAUGCUUCCUGAGCACCAACGGCAGUCUACAUUGUCUCAGACAGAGCAACGGUCUGGAUCCCCUGCCAUUCAAGAACGUCCGGUGUCGGAGAGGGGUGAUGAUGUGCCAGAAUGCAAGUCCCAACUGCCACAAGCUGAAGUGCAGCAACAAUUGGAAUCCCAACAACCCAAACAGCAGCAGCCUCCAGAACCAGAACCUUCUCAAAGAGAACCGCCCCAACCGGAACCCCCACCACAAUCUCUCAGUGAUCAAGCAAUGGAUGUCGAAUUGCAGCAGUCACAAGUCAAACUAAAAGUAAACAAAGAACAACUGGCAAAAAGUAAGACGGAAGAGAAAAAUGAAUCGGUUCAAGAAGCUUCUUCAAUUCACCAGUUAGCAUCUGCUCUACCUGCCAUGGAAUCUCAACAGCUACUGGAUGCUUCAAAUGAAAGUAACUGUAAUCUGCAGGUUCGAGGAGAACAGCAAGAAAUAGCAUUGCAGCCUUUAUCUUCUGGUCCAUUUCUGUCUUCAGAUAGCUCAUCAUCUGUUGUAGUCGACUCCUUAAGUAGCACAGGGAAUCAGAACGAACCUGUAAUGAGCAGUAGCACGACUGUCACAACCACUACAGCUACUAGUAGUAGUAGUAGCAACAGCAGCAAUAGUAGUAAUACCAAUAGUGUAGCUGUACAACAGAAGCGUGGACCUGGUAGACCUAGAAAGGAAGCAUCUGGAACUCCUUCACAGUUGGUCAGGAAGAGAACUCGAGUUAGGCCCUCAGGGCGCAAACCCAAGUACACAUCUAGCAUUGAAGUAUUCAAUCCUGAGACAGCAAUGGAUAUUAGCUCUGAAGGUAUGGACUCCACUUUGUUCAAGCUUCAUCAUGAGUCAACAACUUCUGCUACUACUCUUCCUGCUACAACUGUUACUACUGAAUCCAUAUCAAGUUCAGUUCCAGAAGAUGUCCUUGCUGAUGAAUCGACUGAAACUGAGAUAUCGGAGACAACGUCAACUGAUGUCGCAAAUAGUGAAAUGUUAGAAAGUGCUUCCUUGCAGCCACCUGAGCGGCAUAUUUCAGAAGAUUCAAAUUCAAGUGGAACACCUAGCAAUAAUCGUAUGUGUGCCUUCUGUAACUGUGGAGAGAACAGUUUACUGGGUCAAGGGGUAUUGUCAAAAUAUGACCCUACACCAGGAUUCAAUCCUUUCAAGCGCUUAUUACAGAGGGCUCGGAGGACAUCUUCUGAAAAUGAUGAAAAAGGAAAUGAUAAAAAUCCCAAACACUUAACAUGGAGGAGACCUAGAGGUCCAUCUCGACCAGCAAGGGAGCGUAGUAAAUCUCCUCGACGCCCAAAUCCACACAGUAUACAUGAUGAAGAUGGACGACCUGUUAGAAUUGUUGAUGAACUCAGUUUAGUUGGAUAUUCUGAGGAUGUUGAUGUGCAUCAGGUUUAUGAAAUCACAGGUCAUGUGUGGGGCCAUAGAUCAUGUGCUUCUUGGUCUGAGGGUGUUCUGGUAAGAGAUGAUGACUCUCUGCAGUUUGUAGACCGAGCUGUCUUUUCUGGUCUAACACAGAAAUGCAGUUAUUGCCACCGCUAUGGUGCUACAGUAACCUGUAGAAUACCUCGAUGUACCAAAAAGUAUCAUUACCCUUGUGCUGCUGGCAGUGGUUGUUUUCAGGAUAUCAAGGGGCCCUCAUUGCUCUGCCCAGAUCACAUUGACCAAGCAGAGACCAUUGCUGGACAACAGGCUCUCUGUAUUCAAUGCAACAAAUGGACUGGCAAUUCGUCUUUGCUGUUCUGUACCACUUGUGGUAAUCACUAUCAUGGCAACUGUCUACAUCCGGUUGUAGAAGUUAGAUCUGCUGUCCGAGCUGGAUGGCAGUGUCCAGAUUGUAAGAUAUGUCUCACCUGCAAACAACCUGGCGAAGAAAGUAAAAUGCUGUUUUGUGAUAAUUGUGAUAAGGGCUACCACACGUUUUGUCUGAAACCAGUUAUGACGACAAUACCUAAAAAUGGGUGGAAAUGCAAGAAUUGUCGAAUCUGUGGAGAUUGUGGUUCCCGGACCCCAGGUAGUGGUCCAAGUUCUAGGUGGCAUCUGAAUUAUUCUGUUUGUGACAGCUGUUAUCAACAGCGUAAUAAAGGACUCUCUUGCCCACUCUGUGGGAAAGCAUAUCGACACUUCACACAGAAAACCAUGUUGCAGUGCAAAAUAUGUCAAAAGUUUGUUCAUGUUGAGUGUGUUGAAACUCAAGACAGCACUUUUUCAAUGCAUUUGAAAGAGAUUGAGGGUCAGGACUAUGUGUGUACAGUUUGUCGAAAUAGGGAAUCAGUGUUGGAGUCUUCAUUCCUUUCAAGUAUCACAAUGCGAAGCCAUGAUGAAAUGAUGGAAGAUCUAUCAACAAAAGAUGGUGAUUCUUGUUCAAUAAAAGAGGACAUUACUGGAGAUAACACUAUUCAAAGCUCCCAAGAUUCCUUCUAUCUGAAUGAUGAUUCUACGUCAAGCAUGGAGAUUGACAUGAGCAUGAUAGAAAAAACGUCUCAACAGCAGUUAUCCUCUCUUGCUCCUGGUUCGAUGUGUGGUAAAGCGGCAUCAAAAUUGCAGUCGGUUGAUGCUCUUAUGCCCAAAAUUGGCAAGCUGCAUCCAGUUGGGCGAAAGAAAAUAGGUGCAGGAAGGCCAAAAGGACGUCCUAUUGCUGCUGAAAGGCGUCGUCAGCGUCCAACACAUUUGGGUGAUCGAAGAAGAGGUCCUAGAGCAAAAGUGAAAACUGGUCAAAAUGCUGGGAGUCAGUCACUUUAUCCUACUGCUGUGGACAAUGGUGAAGUUGAUGAUCAUCCAUCAACAAUAGUUAUAGCCAAUUCUAAAGAUGAAUUUGUUUUAGAACAGGAUAUCUGCAAAAGUUGUGGGAGUUUUGGUAUUGGAGAAGAGAGCCGUGUGAUCAUAUGUUCUCAAUGUGGGCAAUGUUACCAUCCAUAUUGUGUGAAUAUAAAGGUUACUAAGGUGGUUCUUCAGAAGGGUUGGCGAUGUUUGGAUUGUACAGUGUGUGAGGGCUGUGGCAAACCUCAUGAUGAAGGCCGGUUGUUAUUAUGUGAUGAAUGUGAUAUCAGCUAUCAUAUAUACUGUCUUGACCCACCACUAGAUCAGGUACCCAAAGGACCAUGGAAGUGCAAAUGGUGUGUAUGGUGUAUCAACUGUGGUGCUACAACUCCUGGUUUUUUGUCUCAAUGGCAGAACAACUAUACUCUGUGCGGACCUUGUUCCAGCAGAACUGUAUGUUGUACAUGCAAGAAGGCUUAUAAGGAGGAAGAAUUGGUCAUUCAAUGUGUUCAGUGUGAUAGGUGGCUUCAUGCCAGUUGUGAUGGUCUGAAGAAUGAAGAGGAGGCAGAACGGGCAGCUGAUGCUGGCUAUCACUGUCUAUUUUGCCGCCCCAAGACUGGUCAACCAGGACCUUUACCUCCUACUCCGCCACCUCCUCCACCACCAGCACUUCCUCCACCACCCCCACCACCUGAACCUGAAGAAGAAAAAGUGAAAUGUCCAUCACCGAUACCAGUACCCAAAGAAAUUGAAGAAAAAAAAGUGGAACCAAAAAAGUGGCCACAACCUGUUCCUGAGCCUCCAAAGCAGUACAUUUAUGAGGGCGUGACCUUAUCAGCCUCUGGUUUGCAGCACAUUCAAAACCUUACUGCUAGCAUGAUGAUGAAGAAAAAACAGCGAGCACGGCAAAGAAAAACUGAUCCUCAAAUAAAGCAUCCUAGUGUUGCUCAGUUGUUGGCUCUUGGUCAAAAAGCGGAAAAUCAAACUCUGAAUGAAGAAUGUGAAAAAGAUAUGGAUAUUUCUGCUGAUAACAAACCUUCUGAAUCUGAGGGAGAAUCUGGCCUUACAUCAACCCAGUCCCGUGCUUCAUCUCAGCUGGAGGAGAUGAAAUUGGAGGAAGGAACAGGAGAAGAAUUGACCAAGAAGAGACGACAAAGAAAACAACUGGGUCUUGGUGUUGGUGGAUUUAUUGUUCGACAACGGAAUGUACGACCAGCAGCCUCUCGUCAGUCUCCAUCACGACAGGCUGAGAUUGUUACUGAUGAUAUAGCAUUAAAAUCAGAAUGUGCAAAUGCAGUUGAAGGUAAUACCAUGGAGGAUGGACAUGCUUCAAUCCCUGAUAUUCCCGGCACAAUACCAGAAAAAAUCAAGAAACGCCGACGCCCCAAGCGCAAGAGUCAGCUUGAGGAUAGUUUUCCUAUGUACCUACAGGAAGCAUUCUUUGGUAAAAUUCUCCUAGAUAAAUGUAGAGAUACUAAGGAAAAACUAGACUCUGACAACAGUGACCGUGAUUCCCCUGUCUUUGCCCAAAAAGCUCCUGUGACUGAUGUUAAAGAACCAUGUGAAGAAACUCCUGUUGGAUCAUCUUCAGUGGCAGGAAAUGCACCUACCUCUUCUGAACAAUCAGGUGAAGAAAUGCAGCCGAUUGUUGAUGAAGGAGAUCUGAGAGAAAUACUUCCAGCUGAUUUGCUAUCAAGUGAGCUUCAAAAUGAUUUCUUCAAGAUUAUUGGCGAUGAGUUAGGAAACACUUCAGACAUUCCCAUGGAGAGUGAAAAUGUAGAUUCUCACUCUGAAGCAGCAGCUGAUUGUUCUGACAGUAAAGAUGGAUUAUCUGAAAACUUUGACCAAAUGCUUAGUCCUAACUUAGACGUUGGCAAAAUGCUUUCUGAAGGUCUUGCUCACAUUGACAGCAAGACAGUGGAGGAUAUCUUUAAAGGAGUUUUGAAUACAGAUGCAAACCAAGAGGGUACACAAACUACAGAAGACAAUUUUAUGGCAGUUUCUGAAAAUUCUGAACAGACUUCACAGCCACCUCCACCUUCACAUCCACCGCCAUCUCCCCCUCCUCUCCCACCUGCUCCACCUCCACCUUCAGUGCCACCUCCCCCUUUGCCACCAGCUCCGCCCCCUCCCACCGUUCCCCCUCCUCCACCACCACCACCACCUCCACCCUCAUCACCAAUCCCUGUUCAACAAGUAUCAACUACAAUGCAAAACCCACAGUUACAGGAACAAACACAAAUGCAGUCGGUGGCUCAAUACAGUUUAGACCAGCAGCCACCACCCUCUCCUUAUAGUGUACAACCUGCUACACCUAUGCCACACUAUGAAGCACCAGCAAGUCCUGCUCCUUGGCCUGGAGUAAUGGAUGAUGAUCCACAAGAAGGUUCUAGUCGGCGAAACAUCCUCAAAUGGGAAACUGAUGAAGCUCUUGGUGUUAAUGCUACCAUAUCCCCUGUACUUUAUGUAAAUAUGAACUACCCUGAUUUGAAAUUACAAUUUCCAGAAUGGUCAGAAAGAGUAAAGCAGAUUAAUAAAAUAUGGAAGAAACUUACACCAAGUCAGAAGAAUCCAUAUUUGUCAAAAGCACGUAAAAAUAGAGCCAGUAGUAAAAUCCAAAAGGAACAUAGAGAGAUCAAACGUAAGCAAAUGGAAGCUCGCCAGGUUGCUGCUCAACAAGCUGCUGCAGCUGCUAUGAUGCCCCCACCCCCACCCCCUCCGUUUCCAAGUCAUCAAGGUAUUGGAGGUGUUUCCAUGCCAAAUAUGUCUCCUCCAAGUCAGCCUGGUACUCCAACUUCAGAGCUUGAUGUGCCUGGUAGUCAGCCAUUAUCUCACCUCCCAGCUGUUCCUCCUGCAUCUCCUGCUCCUCUCCAUCUGCAGAAUUCUCCAUCACCAGCUCCACAGACUCCAUCACCACAAAUGCCACCUAAUCGAUUAGACCAUUUGCCACAAACUCUACAGCAUCCAAAUGGUCAGAAAGGCACAUUCCCUCCUCAUGGAGAAGGUUCUGGAUUUGGACAACCAUCACAACAACAACAACAGCAGCAGCAACAAAUUGGUAACCAACCAAUUCAGCAAGCUAGCAUUGCCAGUAAUCGAAAUGACCCAAAUGUUGGGACAGCUGAAAGUCAACUAUUGAGUACACUGAAGGCUGGCCCCAAUCAGUCCCCUGAAUUUAUUACUGGGCAUGGAGAUGUAACAUUAGGGCAAAGACAGGUUUCACCUGGAGCCCAUCAUGUAGUGGAUCCUAAUAGCCAGUUUGGUUUAGAAAAUAAAGACCAAGCCAAUUACAUGGCAAUUGUCCAACAGAAGAAAAAUGCAGAAGGUUUUAGUCCUCAGCAGGCAUCUCCAAAAGUGAACCCUGAUGCUCUUGCUCAGUCACCCACACGGCAAGAAUUCUUGCAACAACAACAAAAGAUUUUGUCACAGCAGCUUGCCCAGCAGCAACAGCAACAACAGCAGCAGCAGCAGCAACAACAACAACAGCAGGUACUUUUACAAUUGAAACAGCAGCAGCAACAACAUGUUUUGACUCCACAGCAACAAAUAGCAGUUCAGCAACAGCUAAAAAUGCAAUCAUUGUCUCAGCAGCAACAGCAGGUGUUAACUGCUAGUGCUCAGCUGCAACAGCAGAGCCAACACCUGAUGAAACAACAGCAACAAAAGCAACAAGUAUUGGCACAAUUAAAACAAUUGCAGCAAUCUGGCAAUUUAACACCGCAACAGCAACUCUUGUUGUUGCAACAGCAGCAGGCUUUGUCGCAGGAGCAGCAGGCUUUGUCACAGAAGCAGCAGGCUCUGUCACAGCAACAGCAGGCUCUGUCGCAACAACAACAACAGCAACAACAACCACCACCCCAGCAAGCACAGGAAUUGCAAAAAGCUGAACAGCGAGCAGGACAAGAGCAAACUGCAACACCGGAACAACUGCAGUUGCAACAGGUGAUGACACAGCAGCAGAAGCAGGCACUGGUCCAGCAACAACAGCAAAAGGCUUUGGCCCAACAGCAGCAAAUGACUCAAGUGUUAGCCCAACAGCAACAACAACAAGCAUUGGCCCAACAGCAAAAACAGCUUCUGGCCCAGCAGCAGCAACAACAACAACAACAGCAGCAGCAGCAACAGCAGCAAGUGUUGGCUCAGCAACAAGCACUAGUUCAGCAGCAGCAACAGCAACAAGCUUUGGCUCAACAGCAAACCUCAGCUUUGACAUCCCAACAACUCUUGGCACAGCAACAAGCUUUGAGUCAGCAACAGCCAAAUCUAAGUGCUCAGCAACAACAGGCUCUGGUUCAGAAACAACAAGAACUUACCCAACUUGCUCAACAAAGGCAGCAAGCAUUAUUAGCUCAGCAACAACAACAACAGCAACUCUCUCCUCUAGGUCAACACCAAGUUCUUUCACAGCAGCAGCAGCAACAGCAAGCUGCACUGGCUCAACAAGCUCUGGCUCAGCAGCAACAGCAGCAACAUCAGCAACAAGCUCUAGCACAACAACAACAACAGCAGCAGUCUCCACAACAAAUAACACUUAGUCCACAGCAGCAGCAGGCCUUUGUCCAGCAACAACAAGUCAUCGUCCAGCAGCAGGGCCACCCUUUGACUCCUCAGCAACACCAGGCUUUGCUGCAGCAACAGCAAGCACAGCAUCAGAAACAACAACAAGUAUUGGCUGCACAGCAGGUAAUGGCCCAACAGCAACAGCAAGUGUUGCAAGCCAAAAAGCAGGCAAUAGCUCAACAGCAAGCUCAGUUGACCAAGCAGCAUUCACCACAUGAACUUCAACACCCACACUAUAAUACCUGGCAAAACAUGCCAGUCUCUUCUCAUCCUUCACCAAGCCACUCGAUGGAUCCUUUUUCACCUGAAGCAAGCCAGUCCAGCCAAGAUCCUUUUUCUAUGCCUGGGCCAGGAUCUCGGCCAAUAACCCCUGCACUUAAAUCAGCUCACAGUCCCUUAGCUGCAAUUGCUGGGCCAGACAGCCCUUAUGGGUCAAAACCUUUACUAUCUCCAGGUCCUAUGCAACCAGUGUCUAAGGCUAACUUUGCUAAUCCGGCUGAACAGAUCAGAUUUGCAGGUCCUGUGUUGCGACACCCUGCUCAUCCAGGAAUGAGUCCAAGACCAAAUCAGACCGAUCUUCUUUCACCAAGGCCUCAGUCUGUGGAUGCAGAUCCCAUGCAGCUACAUCACCUGUAUGCUAAUAGACGACGUAGGCAUCCUGAGCAUGGAUACUGGCCUAUCUUUAAGUUUCCUUUGGGGGGAAGUCCAAGACACAAUAUGAACAAUAAUAAUAAUCCUCUUGGUAGAGCACCAAUGCCUUUUGAAAGAUCACCUUUGCUUCCUCAUGAAAGUGAUUUGAGUCGCCCUGAUGCUCAGCGGCAAUUACGAGUGAUAUUGGCCCAGCAAUCAAAGCAGAGACAGCAGAAGAAACAACAGCAACAAUUGCAGCAAGAUGAAGCAAAUAAAUUGGUUAUGAAAUCUCCAACAUCUCCACAUUGGCCACCAGGAAUGGCAGAUAAAUCUCCUGUUCAUGGCUCUCCUCAGAUGCCCCCUUCACCAUUCAGUGAUCCUGGGGAGGGAGCAGCCACUCCAGUAUAUCAAGCACCAAGCUGUUCGUAUGCCACACCUAACCAGUUUGGAAGAGAAGCAGAGACCUUUGCUCCUGGAGCCCAUCGCAAUAUUCUCCAGGCACAUUCACCUCAUAGUCCUCAGCUGACACCCCGAACUCCUGGAAGUAUUGGCUAUGUUCAAGGACAAGUGUCUGGUGUGCGGCCACCAUUUCCUGAGGGAAACAAGGAGAUCAAUGAUGAUUUGCAUCGGGCACAGUUGUUACAGAUGUUAGCUCGAACUCGCACCACUGGUCAGGGUCCACCAUCUAAUUUGUCAUCACCAUCUUCUUUAUCAAAGAGUAACCCUUCUAGUCCAUAUGAUUUCUUGCAUCCAGAACAGCAGCAGCAGUUAUCCAGUGAAGAAUCUGCAGUGGCAAGUCAGCUGUCCCCACAGACAUCUGGGCAACAUCACCAAACACAGACAGCUGCAGCUACUCGCCAAGUUACUGGCUUUGCUCAGUUUGGCUUUCCUGGUACUAGCAUGAAGCAAACAGAACCAGAAACUAAAGAUGCUCUGCCCAAGCAAAGCCAACUUACAACAGGUGAAGUAUUCACUCGCCAGCUACCUGAAUAUCAACAGGUUUCUGGCCAAUUAGAUGGCCAAGAAGAACAGGCAUCUGAAGCGUUAUUGCAGCAAAGGCGACUUCAAAUACAGCAGCAGCAGCAGCAACAACAACAACAGCAGCAACAACAGCAACAGCAGCAGCAACAAUCUCAACAACAAACACUUUCUGGAUCCCAAGAAAUUCCUAAAGAAGCAAAGGACUUAUCUGAUGAUGACAACAAGGAUGAAAUAAAUGACUUAUUAAAUGAAGAUGGUACAUUUGAUAUCUUACAAUAUGCUGAUCCAGAGUUAAACAAAGAACUACCGACUGACUUCUUAGAUGAGUUAGUAUUGGAUGAAACUGAUUGUAAUGCUGACACGAAAGAAGAAGAUCGUCAAGAAGAAAAUGAUGAUGACAACACUCUUGGUACAAAUGAAAGUCCUGCUGCAGAAACCAUCAAAACAGAAGAAACAUCUGAAGACUCUAUGAUGACAGCAGGAACAUCUGAUUCUAAACUUCCAACUACAUCUGUCAAGUCUGUUGAACAAAAAUCACAGUCCGAUUUCCAAGCUAAAUUUCUUGAAUUCAGUCAAAUGAGGAAGGAAGAACCUCCUCCAACUCCUCCAAGAAACCAAAAUUUAGAUGUUAAGAGUCCCAGUAUUAAAGAAGGGCAAGUUGAAAAGUCGUCAACCAUUCAAAACAGCCGACAUAUUGCAGCACUUUUGCAAAGUUCCCCUGAUCAUGUAAAUCCAGAUGGAAGUAAAUCUGUGGUUCCUCAUGGCUUUGUGUCAAAACCAGUCCAUUCAUUUGUUGGCUCGCCAAUGAAAACUGAGCCAGACCUUCAGCACCCCAGUAAUUCCCAGGCAGUCAUUAGAGAAUUGCAAAAAGAUAUUUCUCCUAGUUCUUCUCUUAGUAAUUUGUCUGCAUCAUCCCCCAAAAUUCAGUCUAGUAUGCAAAGUGGGAAUAUGUCAAAUAGUCCAAUAGAUCCAUCUCUUGCACCAAUGAUGAUUGACCGGUCUAGGCCACCAUCAAGUAAGCCAGGACAAAUGUCAACAAUGUUACCAUCACCAAAGGACAAUCUCCCCAAAUCUGGAUUGUCUUCUCCUAGAACACCUACAGCUCAGUCUCCUUUUGGACAAGUCACUGGGCAGCAAGCUGCUGCACAGCUUGCACGGCAUUCGCCAAUGUCUGUGUCUACUGUUCAGUCACCAUUCAGCCCAUCUGCUCCUGGUUACCCGCAGUCAUUGCCCUCUGCUAAUGCUAGUGGUUCUGUGUCAUCUUCAGCUGGACACACUCCUCCAAGUGCACCACCCAGUCGAACCCAAUCUCCAUUCCUUACAGGAGUUGAUAGAGUAAUUCCAUUUAAUCCUAAUUCACAGGCGGCACAAACUAUAGUACCAAGUCCUGGCCAGACCAGUCCAGUGAUGAAUUUUAAUCAGUUUGGGCGUGGGACAGUCCAGUCUUUAAAUCAAUAUAUGCAAGGAACCUAUGGGCAACCACAGACACAUGUGCCUCCCCGUGGUGGUGUGCUCACACCAAAUAGUGUAUUAUAUGGACAGCCUGUUGCUAAUCAGCAUUUUAUAAAACAUGCUGGAUCAGACUCGACUGCUUGCAUUAAUGCAUCGUCAGCUACUGGUGUUGCACCAGCCUCAUCCACUACUCCUUUCAGCACUUUUACUCAUACACAAAGUACUUUAGGUUCACAGACUGCUACAGGAAAAGUUUCCUGGCCUCCAUUUAAUGCCCCAAAUAAUCAGGCAACUCCACAAGCAGCCCAAGGAACUGAUCCACCAUUUGAACCUUCUAUGGUUUCACGAAGUUUUUACCCAACAUCAACUCAGAGCACUUCUGGAAUUUACACAGGUCAAGGUGGUCAGCAAGGAUUAUAUUUUCAGUCUGAAGGCCAGCAGAUGGGAAUUCGUACUGGUUUACCACAAACCCUUGACCCUACUGCUAUAGCCAACACAACCACAGUUUCACCUGCAGCUGGUAUGCACAGAUCGCCUACACCAUUUCCCCCUAAUCAUCCAUCAUUAGCUACAAAUGCACACAUACAACCUACUGGAGCUCACAUGCCAGGGAUGCCUGCAAAUUAUCCGUUACAAAAUCAAGGACCUAGACCUAUUGCUCAUCCAAGGACCCCUCAAGAACAACCUCUAUUGAUACAAGAUUUGUUGGAAGAGGAGAAAAAGGAACAGAAACGACAAGCUGAGCAGCAAGCUUUACUGGGCCCUCGAAAACCUGAAGAAGCAUUUGCUCUACGCCAAGCUUUUAGUACAAGCCAAAACAUUGGUGGACUUGGACCACGACCUGAUCUAUCACCAAGAUUAAUGCAUCCCAGAGAGCAACCUUGGCCAGCAACUCAAAGUGGUAUGUUACCUAAUCCUGCAGCACAGCCUCCCCGUGAUCCUACUGCACAGCCUAUACAGAAUUUCCCCCCGUUUGGACAGAGGACACCAAAUCAACAAAUGAGUCCUCGAACCCCAUCUCCAUUUCCCAGUCCCACUCACCAAACUUUCACGCCAUCACCUUCUUCAGCUGGAUUGCAGUCUCCUACCUUGACUCGUCCGGCUAUGCUUCCUCCUACACCAGUGGAUCCAAUGAUAGGUCCUGAUGCUCAGCAGGUACAGCCAGCUAGUCAGGUGGAUGACAAUUUGGCUUCUCGUAUGAAAAUUGAAAUGGCAAUGAAAGAAUUGGAGCCAGCAAUCCAAAAGCUGAAGCGGACUAGGAAAGCCAUCAAUGCCCGCAAUAGACAGGCAAGAAAAUCUGGGAAUGCAAUUAAUCCAAAUGAUGCUCAAGAGUUGGAACGUAUUGCCCCAGAAUUAGCCAAGCUACAAAAGCACUAUGAUGGGUUGCGUAAACGAUCAAGACAGUUGGCAUCAGCAAAGCCAGAAAAACAAAAGGAGCAACUCGGGCGAUCUCCACAACAAAAGACUUCACCUGGAGGCCACCCGGGGCUUGCGUCUCCAAUGGGCCAGCCACCAGCAUCUCUGCAUCCGUCCCCAUCUCCAGCUGGGCCCUCCCUGGGUUCCCAACAGACCCCACCCCCACCACCCCGUAUUCCAGGAAGUCAGCCCCCUGUGCGCAUGACCAGGAUGGCCCAAGAGGAAUACAACUCGUAUAUGCAGAAGAAACUUCAGAUAGCACAGCAAGCUGGUGGCCCUAGGCCAGCAUCAACAACGGCAGUAUUUGCAGGAGACAAUAAUCCAUUUAGUGAAGGCUAUCAAGAAAGGGAGCAAAUGGAAAAGCAACGGGAGCAACAAGAAAGGCAACGCCUGCAACUACAGAAGCAAAUAAAACAACAAAAGGCACUUCAGUCUGAACCAACAAAUGAUAAACCUGAAGCUGUUCGUCAGGUCCCUUUUUUCAGUGAUACCCAAUUGAUAUAUGAUCCUAAACGGCCAAUAUCUACUGUACCCCCAGAAGGUCAUAUUGGGUCUCUUAUUGGUGAGCAAGUACCCAGAUAUGUUGGACCUCGAUUUCCUGGAGAUCAACUACCAGCACAGCCUCAACCUCAACCUCAGCCUCAGCCUCAACCUCAGUCCCAGCCAAGAUUUCCUGGCUUUGGUAUCCCUCCCCUGUGUCAGCAGAGCUCUGAGCCAACACCGGCUUCUACUGGGCAAGUUACCCCAAAGGAAAAGCCAAAAAAGCGCAAGAAGAAAACGAAAACACAAGAUGGAGGAAUGGGGCAAACACCUGGAAAUUCACCUGGUAUGGGUAAUGACAAUUCAUCUGGAUCUGCCAAACCCUUUAAACCACCUAUGGAGCUGAAUUUCAAACCCCAAUCUGAAACUGAACGAAGGAUCAUAGAAAUUCUGUACAACAAUGUGCAACUUCAGAAGGAGGAGCAAGCUAAGCAACAGCAACAGCAGCAACAACAGGGAAACAGUGGUAAAAGUUCAGGAAAGGCUCUAGUAUCUAAUGCAAAUGCAAUCAGUCGUCAAAGUAGUACAGCACAGGCUACAACACCUCCAUCCUCAUCCUCUUCUUCCUCCUCCUCCUCCUCCUUAUCGUCAUGUUCAUCUUCUACAACUGGAUCUUCAGACAUGGCUCUUCUGAGUUCCCACUCAACAUCUACACAGUUCCAGCAGCAGCAGUUCCUUCAGCAAAAUGCUUCACAGCCACCAUCCACCCUGGCUGCUGCUGCUGCCGCUGUUGCCACUCCUGCACUGUCAAUGCCAUCUUUGGCGCCACCUUUGCCAAAAUCACCUCCACCAUUACCUCCACCAUUGCCACCUUUACCACCGCCACCACCACCCCCCCUUCCUCCUCCAGAAUACUCUCCACCUGCUGCUACUUCAUCACAAGUCUUGCAGCAUUCCAAAUCUCUCAAUGGUCAAGAAGUGGACACUAAAGUCGGUUUGACAUCAUUUGUGUCUAGCACACAACAGACUACUUCAUCCACUUUAUCUGUUGGCAAUGCUGGGGGGAUAGGUUUGCUUAGUCCCACUGGAUGUGAAACCAGCACCAAGGAUUCCAUAAACAAAGGUGGCUUAACACAUUUUAAUGUUACCUCAAACUCAGGUUCUCCAGUUGUAUCUAAUUUGCCAAGUACCACACUUUCACAUGCUCACCUGCAGCAGCAGCAGCAAGUUGUGUCACUUGCUUCAACUUUCAACAUUAAAAAGGAACCUGAGGAUAUAGUUUCUUCACUUGAUAAAUGUGAAGUAAAGAGUGAGCAUGAGAUUGAUGCUGUUGCAAGUUUUGUUGACUCAAAGGGUAACCAGAACGUGCUUCUGAAGCAGUUGCUGGCUUCAUCAGCUCACAAUCCUGCCAGUGCAGUUGCCGCUGCGGCCGCAGUGGUUGCAACGGUGAACUCUGUCAAUAAUAGUGCAGCUGUUCAGGCUGCCAACAGUGCGUCGUCAGCCAGCAGCCGCAAUGAGGAAUCUGAUGAACACAGCUCCUUGACUCCAGAUCAGCUGCGUCAGCUGGAGCUCAUUGACAACAUGCCUUUAUGUAAAGAAACUGUGAUUGCGGAGGAAAGUGGUUUGCAUGGCAGCCUUUCUGUUGUUGAAGAGGAAAGGUUGUGGGAAAAGCGGAAACAAGAAGCUGCUCAAAAAAAGAAAAAAGAGAAAAAGAAAACUGUGAUAGAAGAGGAUAAAAAAGGAAAAAAGAAAAUAACUCCUGAAUUUGCCAUAAAGGAGAAACGAAAAAAGAGCCAAAAGAAAGAGGAUGGACAGGGCCCUAAAAAACGAGCCAAGAAGUCUAAAAGCUCUGAAGAUUAUGAUGCUUAUAUUGAUUCCUUUAUGGCUCAGUUGCGAAGUAUGCCAAUGGUCCCUCUACAAGAACCAACGGUGAACAUCAACCAUCAUAUCUGCCCUGUUGUAGGAUACUUCAGUGAUGACAACCGUUUGUCCGGAUCAUAUGGUGCUGGAUAUUUGGAAGCUCCUGUUACAGAGCAGCAAAGAUAUCAUCUUACUACAGAUCAAGUAACAGCAGCUGCAGCAGUGACGGCGGGAGUAGCUGUUUCCACUUCUGGCAGCAGUUCUGGUUCUGUUGCAUCAGACAAAGCUAAUGAAUGGUUGCAGUCAGGAAAUAAUUCGGUUGUUGGACUGAACUAUCCCAAAUAUACACCUGUAUUACCUCCUCCACCACUUAUUGAGCCAAGACUUGAUCACCCAUCAAGAUCCAGUGAUAGCCCAGAUACUAUUAUUUCCUCAUCUUCGCCAGAAACUGUUCUUGAAAGAGAUGAUUUUCCAGCCCUUCGUCCCAUUGAUCCAGCAAUUCGUGACACAUCUUCACCUAUUCUCCCCCUCAUUCAACCAAUUCCUGUUCGUCCUAGUCUUACUUCAGUGAAAGAGGAAGAUAAAUCUUCAAUGGACUCUGAUACAAGAAUUGUGUGCAAGAAAGAGAUGGAGCUUGGUCCAAGCUGGUCUGAAUUUUGUUUGGGAGAGAAAGCUCAGACUUAUUCAGAAUUUGGUAAUAAAUUAGUAGAAAAGGAUAGUUUAUCCGCCAAAAUGCCUACACUUUCUUCCAGUCUUGCUCGUCCAUUCAAGACCCUAACUCAACAAGUUUCUGUUACAUUAACACUUAAAGCCACUGCAGAAGAAGAUAUAGGAGGAGUUAUUUCUGCAAUUGCUGAUCUAUUAAAAAUAGCGGUACCUCCUUAUGAAAUCAGUGAAACUCCUUCUCCAGAAGUACUAAAAUUCAAUAUGACGCACAAAGAAGAAGCUGUGAAUAUUCAGUCAAUUCAAUCAAUGGUUAAAUCCAAAUCUAAAUUCUGUCGGCAUUGUGAUUGGGCUGUCUUGAGUCCUGGGAUCCGCAAGAAAAAGACAGAAUUGCCAUUUAUUACAAAAGAAGAACAGGACUCUGAAGAUGAGGAAGUAACAUUCUGCAGUAUGAACUGCUAUCUUCAGUUUGCUAUCACGCAUCGUUCAGCCCUGCCUGAAGAGACCAAAGAAGUGGGAGAUAUCAUUGAACAUAAAAGUGCAUUGGCUGAUCAGCCACAGACUACUACUACUACUACUACUUCAACAUCAUCAUCAUCAUCAUCUUCAACUACUACUACAACAGCAACAUCAUCGUCUUCGUUAUCAUCAUCAUCAUCCACAACAGCCACUCCAUCAACUACUACUACCACCACUACGGCAGCCUCAAGCACUGCAGCAACACCAACUGUAACCACUACGGUUACUGUGACAACUGCUGUAACCAGUGUAACAACAGUAACAUCAUCAUCUGCCACAAUCUGUACAGAUACCAGUUCCCCACAAUUAAAGGUAGAAGAAGCAGCAAAUGCAAGUAAAUGGUGUGGCAAGCGGAGACACAGAAGCAAUAGUCCCAGUGUUGAGUCACAAAAUCUUUCAUCAGAUUCACCUGCACCACCACCACCCCAAACAACAACAACACCAACAACAACUACUACUACUCAACCUGUAAUCAAGAAAUGGAAAGAUGUUCGAUGGCGAAAAUGGGAUAUUCCGUUUGGAACAUUAAAAUUGCAGACCAGGGAGGAACUUGACCCUAAAUAUUGGGAUUCUGUUGGUGUAAUUGUUCCACAAAAUCCUAAGCUUGAAGAUUUAAGAAAAUGUGCCUUUUGUCAUACUUAUGGUGAUGGAUCUACAAAUGGACCUGCUAGAUUAUUAAACUUGGAUGUGGAUAAAUGGACCCAUCUGAAUUGUGCCUUGUGGUCUCAUGAGGUAUACGAGACAUUAAAUGGUGCUUUAAUCAAUGUUGAAACGUCCUAUCGAAGAGGACUUACAUUGGAAUGCACCAUUUGCCACAAAAAUGGAGCAACACUUGGCUGUUUCAAAUUUCGUUGUUCCAAUAGUUAUCAUGUUGGCUGUGCUAUUAGAGAUGGAUGUGUAUUCUACCAAGAUAAAACAAUAUUUUGUCCAAAUCAUAUUCCAAAGAACAACCAAGAAAAUGAAUUGAAGUCUUUGGUAGUCUUCAGACGUGUCUAUGUAUGCCGAGAAGAGGGAAAACAAGUUGCAAGCAUGGUCCAUGAAGAAGAUAGUCGCUUUACUCUUCGCAUUGGCUCUCUUAUAUUGCAUUCUGUGGGACAACUUUUACCUCAUCAAAUACAAACUGGUAAAUUUCACUCCAGAGAUUGUAUCUAUCCUGUUGGCUUUAAAAGCUCCCGUUUUUACUGGAGUAUGCGGCAGCUCCACAGACGAUGUCGUUAUGUGUGUAGUGUACAUGACAAGGAAGGUCACCCUGAAUUUGUACUUAAAGUGGUGGAAAAAGGUUUUGAAGAUAUGAUCAUCAAAGACAGUUCACCCAAAUGUGUAUGGAUGCAUGUACUUGAGUCAUUACAAAAAAUGCGUAAAGAAGCAGAGCUUGUGAAAAUUUUCCCCAACUUUAUUACUGGAGAUGACUUAUUUGGCUUAACAGAACCAUCAGUUGUCAGAGUGAUUGAAUCUUUACCUGGCACAGAUCUUCUGCAGAACUACAAUUUUAGGUUUGGCCGGUCCAACCUCAUUGAGAUGCCUUUGACCAUCAAUCCGACAGGCUGUGCUCGCUCUGAACCUAAGUUACGAACACAUUUUAAGAGGCCACACACACUACAAACGAGCAACACCUCACGUUCUUUGCCUACCACAGUGACAGGUGUCAGUGGAGAUGUCAACUCUCCAUAUAUGAAGCAGUUUGUCCACUCUAAAUCUCAACAAUAUAGAAGACUGAAAACAGAAUGGAGGAACAAUGUCUAUUUGGCCCGUUCCAGAAUACAGGGUUUGGGUCUAUUUUCUGCUCGGGAUUUGGACAAACACACCAUGGUGAUUGAAUACAUUGGAGAUUUGAUACGAAAUGAAGUUGCUAACAAGAGGGAAAUAGUUUAUGAAGCUCAGAAUCGUGGUGUUUACAUGUUCCGUAGUGACACUGACACUGUCAUUGAUGCCACUAUGGUUGGGGGCCUGGCCCGUUACAUCAAUCAUUCCUGCAAUCCAAAUUGUGUAGCUGAAGUUGUUCCCUUUGAAAAAGAAAGUAAAAUCAUCAUUAUCACUAGCAGAAGAAUUGUCAGAGGAGAGGAGCUGACUUAUGACUACAAAUUUGAUUUUGAAGAUGAUCAGCACAAAAUCCCUUGCUUAUGUGGGGCUCCAAACUGCAGGAAAUGGAUGAACUAA